CUUCUUUUUUUUUACCCGCUGCAAUCACUUUUUGUUUUUUUGCUUUAUGAAUGCAGCACCUUUGAUGGAAUAUGUUGGCGAACGAAGGAAAUGGUCCUACAUAAGCGUUGCCAUAAGUCUGUACCUCGCUUACAAGGUGUAUAAAGUGUUCCAUGUCCCAGCUACUUUACGACAUAUACCUGCGGUACCUUAUUGGCGCAUGAUCAAAUCCUAUCUAGCCAAGGAUUCACCGCAAAUGCGUCUGGAGCGACUUACCCUACCAGUGAUACGACGGUCCAACGGAAUUUACUUGAACAAAGUGCCUUUUGAAUGGACCGUUUACAUCGCCGACCCAGUCGCUGUCAAAUCUCUGUUGCUUUCCAAAGAUAUGCCAAAGGAUCCAGCGAGUUUGGAUAUGUUUGAAGGCACAGUGCGUAUCUCCGAAUUUUUUGGUACUCACAGUCUCGCGCUGUGCCAUGAAGCUGGCUGGAGAAGACAACCCAAGCUAAUGAAUCCGCCCUUUAAUCGAGCUAUGCCAGUGGAUGCUUUUGGGACAGUGAUGCUCAGACUAUAUCAAACAAUCGAAAACGACUAUGACGGGAAGGAUGUUCAAGUUAUGGAUCUUAUGCGCAAAGUAUGCUUGGCCACAUUUGGUCUAGGCAUCUUUGGUCUCGAUUUUAAAGCUUUGGAAGAAAGAGAACUAGAAUGGACAACGGUAUAUCAAGAAAUGCGCAUAGCGCUGGUCGAUAUUUUUGCGUAUCUGUUUCCUUCAUCCGGUCUACUUGCUAGAUGGUUUUUCCCAGAACGGAGCACCACUAAUGAUGCCAUUAGUCGUAUGAGUGAGUUAUUGGCCGAUAUGACGGAAGAACGGCGACUAGUGCUUGAGGCACAACAACAGGGAGACGGAAUCGAGCGUGCAGAAAUUGGAAAGGACCUUCUUACAAUUAUGGUCGAGGCACUAAUGAGAGAUGAUGGGACUCUUUCCAGUCGAGAAUUAAAGGAGAAUAUUGCAUCCACCUUCAUAGCUGGAUAUGAGAUCCCAAGCCAUGUAAUGUCACUCUGUAUAUAUUAUUUGGCUAUUCACAAAGACAUCCAAGACAAUGCUCGUCGAGAAGUUCUCGAUAUACUUGGUGAUGGUGCAAAGGACGUGCUUCCCAUACACAAUAACUGCGAAAGAAUGGAGUACCUCCGUAUGGUUAUCAAGGAGACAUUGCGUUUGGCACCGACAGUCGAUUUGCUUUGGGGUCGCACCACUAGGAAAGAUUUAUAUCUAUGCAACACUUUGAUCCCUAAAGGCACAACUAUCAGCAUCGAUAUCCAUGCGAUUCAAAAUAAUCCGGAUAUCUGGGAUAACCCGAGUGAAUUCAGGCCAGAUCGAUUUGCCAAGGGUGGAGAAAAUGAUAAACUCGAGGGCAUGACAUGGCUUCCCUUUAGCAAUGGUGAACGCAAAUGUAUCGGUGCCAAGUUUUUCAUGAUGGAACAAGUCGUCUGUUUAGCUAUGCUGCUACGCAAAUACAACUGGGACCUUCCUGAAGAUUCAAUACAUCGUAAUGGCCUCGUCUAUAAAUCGAUCAUGAAUGCUGCUCCUGAAUCCUUGACGAUGAAUUUCACCAAACGCUACUGAGUGCCAUCCUGGCACGUGAACCAUUCUAUUUCUCACACCUAUUACUUGUAUCUCGUUUUGGGUGCGAUUCUUCAUGUAUAACUAAGAAGUAAAGAGAUCGUCAUUAAACAAAACAGCUUACUCAAUCUCUC